AUGGAUUUCACAAAUUGGGGUUAGAAUUAGAAUAAUUUCUUUAUAAAAUCAACAUAAAACAUUUUAUAUUAAAAAUCAUAUAAUAUAAUUCUUGAACCAACUCAAUAAAUUAUAGGAAAGUAAGAAAGAGUAAUAGUAAAAUAUUAGGCAAUUUCUCUAACAAAAUAGUUAAAAAAAGGAUUAAAUAAAAACGCUUAUAAACUAAAAAUUAUAAGAANAGUUGUUGCAAUGAGUAUCGAAAUUGAAAGACUUCAUAAUUAUCAAUUAAAUAGAUACAACGAUAAUGAGUAGAUUUUAAGAUAGAAUGAUUAAAAACAAUUAGGCUAAGAACUGAUAGCAAUUUAGAAAUUAGUCGAAGAUUUGCGAAAUGAAUUAAUCACUAAAUAGAAAAACAUCUAUUAUUUGCAAGAAUAAUUGUAGUUGACUUAAUCGACAUAAAGAGAGAACAUUGGUUCAACUAGUAAACUGAGAGAACAAGAAAAAAAUAUUGAUUAAUUAGUGAGCUAAAUUAAUGUUCUAACUUAAAUAUUAGAGUAUUAUUCAAUUAAAUUUUAGAGACAAAGAUAAUUCUAUGUAGCAGUAAAGUAAACAAGUCGAGAAUAUUUAUAAUGAAUUAUAAUAAGUCACCUAAUUUAAUAGGCAAUUAAAUGAGGAAAAUCGAAAUUAAAAAUUGUCUCUAGAACAAGCAUGCAAAGAAAUAGAAAGAUUAAACAGAAUCAUUUUGAUCAAAAAUUAAGAAUUGUAAGACUCGUACCACAAUGAAAACUUAGAUUGGAGAAGAAAUUUCUAAGAUUUAAAUGAAAAAUAUCAUAAAGCUCAAGAAUAAUUAUGUUUCGCAUAAGCCGAACUCGAAGCAUGUCGUGCCACUUAAAGAAUGACUUAUUUAUAAUAAGAUAAAUGA